AUGAGGGUAGACGUGGAUAAGCUAAGUAGCAUUGGAUUUAUCAAGGAGGUGGACUAUCCCACCUGGCUGGCUAAUGUGGUGAUGGUCCGCAAGAGCAAAAAGGGCUGGAGCAUGUGCGUGGACUACACCAAUCUUAAUCGGGCCUGCCUGAAGGAUAGCUUCCCCCUACCCCGCAUUGACCAGCUCAUCGACGCCACAGCCGGCCACCCCCUCCUCAGCUUCAUGGAUGCUUACUCAGGGUACAAUCAGAUCUUCAUGCACCCUGAGGACCAAGCCCACACAUCCUUCAUCACUGACCGUGGCCUUUACUGCUACAAAGUCAUGCCCUUCGGCCUCAAGAAAGCCAGGGCCAUGUAUCAGCGUCUGGUGAACAGCAUUUUCGCUCCACUCAUUGGCAACACCAUGGAGGUUUAUGUUGAUGACAUGCUGGUCAAGAGUCGCACUACUGACCAGCACAUCCCCAACCUUUCGGCGAUGUUUACCAUCUUAAAGCAGUACAAGAUGAGGCUCAACCCCACCAAGUGUGCAUUUGGGGUGGCUUCAGGUAAAUUCCUCGGCUUCAUGAUCAGCCAGAGGGGUAUUAAAGCCAAUCCCUAG